AUGGUGGUGGCCAGCUACGUGCGGCUGUGGCGGCUGUCGAACCCUGGCAACGUUGUAUUCGACGAGGUCCAUUUCGGCAAGUUUGCUGGCAAGUACAUCAACGGCACUUACUUCUUCGAUGUGCACCCGCCACUGGCCAAGAUGAUGUUUGCUGCGGCAGGCAAGAUUGCAGGCUACGACGGCGUGUUUGACUUCAAGUCGAUCGGCCUGGACUAUGCGGCGGCAGGCGUGCCCUACGUUGGCAUGCGGCUGAUGCCGGCCCUGCUGGGUCUGGCAAUGGUACCCAUUACGUAUAUCACGCUGGCGGCUCUGGGCCAUGCAGCCGACGCCUGUGCCCUGGGAGCGCUGGUGAUUGCGUUCGAGAACGCGCUGCUGACGCAGUCGCGUCUGAUUCUGCUGGACUCGGCGCUGAUCUUCUUCACUGGCCUCACGAUCAUGUUCUGGGCGCUGUUCUUCACUGAGGCCCACCGUCCAUUCAGCAACCGCUGGUGGACGUACCUGCUCUUGACCGGUGCCAACCUGGGCAAUGCGCUGAGCUGCAAGUGGGUUGGCCUGUUUUUGGUUGCCACCAUUGGCAUAUGGACGCUCAAGGACCUGUGGGAGAAGCUGGGCGAUCUCAGCAUCUCGCCGGUCCAGUACACCAAGCACUUUGUUGCCCGGGCAAUUGGCCUGAUCAUCGUGCCUGUGACCGUGUACCUGUUCUGGUUCCAGGUCCACUUCAUGGCUCUGCACAAGUCGGGUGACGGCAAUGCGUUCAUGAGCCCCGAGUUCCAGAACUCGCUUGACGGCGUGACGCUGGGACACACCCCGCGUGACAUCUACUACGGCGCCCGGAUCCGCAUUCGCCAUGAUGCAACCAACGCUGGCUACCUUCACUCGCACUUGAGCAACUAUGAGACUGGAUCCAAGCAGCAGCAGAUCACGCUGUACGGGUUCCGUGACGACAACAACUACUGGACAAUCACGCGCACCGAGGCCGACGAGGAGAAGUUCCAGAACUCGUCCGAUCCGACGGCUCUGCAGCAGAUCAAGGAUGGCGAUAUUGUGCGGCUGAUGCACUGGCGCACCCACCGCCGCCUGCAUUCGCACGACGAGCGCCCGCCCGUCACCACAAAUGACUACCAGAACGAGGUCAGCGGCUACGGCUGGGAGGGCUUCAAGGGCGACUCGAACGACCACUGGCGUGUGCAGAUCCUCGAGGGCGAUUCGUCGGUUCCCGAGUCCAAGACAAAGCUGAUGGCCAUCUACAGCAAGUUCCGUCUGGUACAUGUCAACCAGCGCUGCGCCCUGUUCUCCAACCGCAAGAAGCUGCCCAAGUGGGGCCACGAGCAGGUCGAGGUCACAUGCAUGAAGUCGGCUAAGUUCCCCAAGACUCUGUGGCGCAUCGAGACCAACCAGAACGAGCGCACGCCUGUCAACGCACCGCUGGCCGAGUACACGCGCCCGGGCCUGAUCGCCAAGGUGCUGGAGGCGACGCGGGUCAUGUGGCGGGUCAACAACGGACUGACCAAGAGCCACCCGUACGAGAGCCGCCCGACCACCUGGCCGUGGAUGCGCCGCGGUAUGGCCUUCUGGGGCAGUGGCGACCGCGGAAUCUACCUGAUGGGAACCCCGAUUCUGUGGUGGACGUCGUUUGUGGCCAUCGUGGCAUUUGCUGUCAUCCAGGCUGUCCUGUUCCUGCGCGACUGCCGCGGCAUGCACGAUCGCCUGCUGGGUGUGCGCGAGCGGUACUUUGAGAGCGUCGGCUUCCUGGCCAUUGGCUGGGUGCUGCACUGGAUCCCCUUCUUCCUGAUGGGCCGCCAGCUGUUCCUGCAUCACUACCUGCCUGCGCUGUGGCUCGCUGUUUGUGCCAUGAUUGGCUCGCUCGAUCUGUUCACCCGCCGCAUGAGCCGCAAGGUGCGCCAGGUCCUGAUGGCCGUCCUGCUGCUGCUGGUUGUGCGGAUGUACUUCCAGUAUAGCCACAUCGCGUACGGCACACCGUGGACGCGCCAGGGCUGCGAGCGCAGCAAGUGGCUCGGAUCGUGGGACUACGACUGCAAGCGCUACAUGGAUCUGGACGUCAAGCCUGCGCCGCCCGUUCCUACCGUCGCUGCGCCAAACUUGGGUGACCCGAUCGCCGUCACCAUUGCGUCGGCGCCGGCCAAGAACCCGGAGGACCCGCCUGCGGCUGAGAACGUCGAUCUCUUGGAGCAUGAAAACAAGCUCAAUGAGCCUGCUCCGCAUAUCGACCAGGACCGUCUGAACUCGAACGCAGACCGUCUGAACGAGGAGAUGAAGAAGGCUUCGCCUCCUUCACUUCGGCUGCCGGUCGUUUCGCUGGCAGAGCAGGCGGAGGCAUUGGCGAAGAAGCUGGCGGCUUAG